AUGUCGAAUACAAUCAAGCUCGCCGAAUAUCUAUUCACCCGUCUGCGCCAACUCGGUGUUGAGUCGAUCCAUGGCGUUCCAGGUGAUUACAAUCUAGAGCUUCUGGAUUUUGUGGAACCAUCUGGGCUUCAAUGGAUUGGAAAUACCAACGAAUUAAAUGCUGGGUAUGCUGCUGAUGGUUACGCCAAGAUCAAGGGCAUCGCCGCUCUCGUCACGACCUUUGGCGUUGGCGAAUUGUCUGCCAUCAACGCUAUCGCGGGAGCGUAUACGGAAUUUGCACCAGUAAUACACAUAGCGGGUACACCCCCGAGAUCAACUCAGGAAUCUCGAGCGCUAGUUCAUCAUACGUUCAAUGAUGGCGAAUAUGGUCGAUUCAGCCAGAUAAACGCACAUGUUACAAUUGCACAAGCCUCGCUUUGGGACCCGAGAACCAGUGCAGAGCAGAUCGAUGCAGUUCUCCAACAAUGCCUCAUCCACCACCGCCCCGUCUAUAUUCAAGUUCCCGUCGACCUUGUCGCUGUUUCCCUACCAGCCGAGCGACUCAGGACUAAGAUUAUGGUGCCCGAAAGUCUGCCGUCCACGCUAGAACAAGUACCGACUGUUGUGAGUAAGGUUUUGGAGAGGAUGUCCAAAGCAAGGCGACCCAUUAUCUUAGCCGAUGGUGAGAUGCGCCCACUUGAUAUUGUUCAGGAUGUGCAGGCCUUCGUUGACGCAACUGAUUGGCCCACCUGGACGACGCCCUUUGGCAAGGGUCUGUUAAAUGAAACGCGGCCAAACUUUCACGGCAUCAACAGGGGGAGGUUCGAUGCCAUCAAGGUGCAGGAAUUCAUCAGCAAGGCUGAUCUGGUCCUGAAUUUUGGACCACACCACAGCUCUACCAAUACGUACGGUUACUCCAAUAUCCCAGACACCGCUAUUACUAUCUGCUUCUCUCGCGACGGUGUCAAAAUAGGCAAUGACCUUUUCCACGACUUACCGACAAAAUCUAUACUAUCUCAAUUAAACGACCAUGUCAACCUAUCAAAAAUCAAGCCAUAUAAAUCUUACCCCGACCUUCCUCACAAUUAUUCCCUCUCUAUAUCUAAUAUACCCGCCGACAACCCGAUCACCCAGGAUAAGCUAUGGAACAUCUUAGCUACUUUCCUGCGACGCGGCGAUAUCGUCAUGGGUGAGACGGGCACCCCAGGAUAUGGUGUACGAGAGAUGCCUUUGCCACCAAAAACACGGAUGUUUACUCCCGUUACGUGGCUCUCGAUCGGCUACAUGCUCCCAGCGGCGCAAGGGGCUGCUCUAGCGCAGCGCGAGCUAGGGGUUACUUACGAGCCUUAUAGGCAUGCGAGAACCAUCCUAUUCAUCGGCGAUGGCAGUUUCCAGAUGACAGCCCAGGAACUCUCAUCAAUCAUUCGUUAUGACUUGAACGUGGUGGUUUUUCUUAUUAACAACGACGGCUAUACAAUCGAGCGAUGUAUCCAUGGGAGGAACCAGGGAUAUAACAAUAUAGCCAGCUGGCGUUAUCUUGAGGCACCCAAGUUCUUUGGUGCUGAUGAAGAUACCUAUUGUGCAUCGGCAAGAACAUGGGGAGAGUUAGACGGCGUGCUCAAGCACUUGAGCGAGGCCAACAAGCUUAGGAUGGUUGAGGUUUUUGUUGAUCGAGAAGAUGCACCACACGGGGUGCUACAGCACUAUCUGAAGUUGCAAAAAGAUAAAGAGUAG